GGAAUUCAAACUUCGACAACAGGACAUCACUGAGCGAGAGGGCUGGAAAUAUUACAAAAUACUAAGUAUAUAUUUACACAUUCGUGAUUACUUUUUUUUGCUUUCCUCACUAUAUCCAAGUUUUGUAUUUAUUUUAAGGUUGUGUUUUCGGCGAAGAUGGACAGCGCGGCGGAACUCCUCAAGUACUAUGAAGUCUACGAGACCAUCGGCUCCGGUGAGACACUUCAACACAACCAUCUGUACCGACACGAGCCACCAGGAAUGUGUGUGUGUGUUAUCCAUUCUGGAGGAUUUGCUAAGGUCAAGCUGGGUCGCCACAUCCUGACGGGAGAGAAGGUGGCCAUUAAAAUCAUGGAGAAGAAGGAACUGGGGGAGGACCUUCCUCGUGUGAAGGUGGAGAUAGAGGCCAUGAAGAGUCUGAGCCAUCAGCAUGUCUGUAGACUGUACCAUGUUAUCGAGACUAAUACCAAGAUAUACAUGAUCCUGGAGUAUUGUCCGGGAGGAGAGCUGUUUGACUACAUCAUCGCUAAGGACCGUCUGUCUGAAGAGGAGACCAGAGUGUUCUUCAGACAGAUCGUCUCAGCUCUGGCCUACGUCCACAGCCAGGGGUACGCCCACAGAGACCUGAAACCGGAGAACCUGUUGAUAGAUGAAGACCACAACCUGAAACUGAUCGACUUUGGUCUCUGUGCCAAACCAAAGGGGGGUCUGGGAUAUGAGCUGAUGACCUGUUGUGGAAGUCCAGCCUAUGCUGCUCCUGAACUCAUCCAGGGUAAAGCCUACAUCGGCUCGGAGGCUGAUGUGUGGAGUAUGGGGGUGCUGCUGUUUGCUCUGCUCUGUGGAUAUCUGCCCUUUGAUGACGACAACUGUAUGGUCCUCUACAGGAAAAUCACCAGAGGUAGUUACAACAACCCUCAUUGGCUGUCUCCUGGGAGCAUCCUGCUACUCAACCAGAUGAUGCAGGUGGAUCCUAAGCAUCGUGUGACCAUCAGACAACUCCUAGACCAUCCCUGGACGAUGUCUGGCUAUGGCACCCCUGUAGAGUGGCACAGCACGCAACCUUUGGGUUAUAUAGAUGAGGACUGCAUCACUGAGAUGUCCGUCAGCCAGAAGAUCUCCAGACAGAGCACCCUGCAGCUGGUCAAUGAGUGGAAGUACGACCAGACCACUGCCACCUACCUGUUGCUGCUCUCUAAGAAACAGAGAGGGAAACCUGUCCGGAUCAGGCCUCAACUUCCUGUCUGUGAUGUCAUGUCCUGUUCACCUCAACGCCUGGGAGUACAGACUCUACUCUUCGAUGAUGAUGAUGAUGAUGCUGAGGACCGUUGCUAUGACGACGACCUGCCCUGGGUUCCGCUCACACCCCAGCAAGAGAGAGCGACCUGUCCGUCAGCUGAAAAGAGGCGGGAUCAGACUAAACACGCCCCCACUCCGGAGAGGGAGCCAAUCGCGCUCCACCACCGUCACCAGGAGAGGCGGGACCGAUGCCGGGAACGGACCAAUGAAAACAAAGAGAACGUUGCCGUGGCCAAUAAGGAUGCUGAUAUAUUUGCUUUGCCCGCCCCCCGAUCCCCAGUAGCCAAUAGGAAGGCAACUCGGCCCAAUAAGAGGGUCUUGACGACACCAACCCAUAAUAACACCAACAAGGUUGGCAACAAGGUAGACACACCCCAAGGAGGAGGCAGUACUUGUAAGGACCCGUCGAGGAAGAGACCGAGGGAGAGAGUGGAAGGAAAGGAGGAAGAAGAGAUGGAGAUACUGGCCUUCAGCCCAGAGAGAAGGUCCCGGUCGUUAGACCUGGCGGGGGCGUCUCGGGGGGACAGCAGCCAGAAGAGAAGAGGGGGGAAGGUUUUCGGCAGUCUGGAGAGAGGCCUGGAUAAAGUCAUCACCUUGCUCACACCCAGCAAGAGACGAGGGCUGCGGGACAGACCACGCAGGAUCAAGGCCCAGUAUAAUGUAACGUUGACCAGUCAGACCAACCCAGACCAGGUGUUGAACCAGAUCCUCUCCAUUCUACCGGAGAAACACGUCGACUUCGCACAGAAAGGCUAUACUCUGAAGUGUCGCACCCAGUCAGACUUUGGGAAGGUGACCAUGGCGUUUGAGCUGGAGGUGUGUCUGCUGCAGCUGGAGGUGUGUCUGCUGCACAGACCUGAGGUGGUGUGUGUGAGGAGACAGCGGCUGAAGGGAGACUCCUGGGUUUACAAACACCUGGUGGAGGACAUUCUCUCUACGUCCAGCAUCUAGACGUCACUACUUCCUGUCAAUGAUGUCACAUCCUGUCCACGUUCCAGCACCUAAAGCCAGUGUCUUAACUAAUUCCAUGUAGGGCAGAGUGUCUGCAGGUUCACUCCCCCUCACCUGGUUGUCUAGGGCCUCCCCUCACCUGGUUGUCUAGGACCUCCCCCUCACCUGGUUGUCUAGGACCUCCCCCUCACCUGGUUGUCUAGGACCUCCCCCUCACCUGGUUGUCUAGGAC